CGGAAGUCCUGUUUUUUUGUCUCAGCUUGGCUCCGUUUGUAUUAAAGCUUGCUCCUCCUCGCCGAAGCUUCCCCUCCCUCCUUCAAUCCUUCCUCCUCCAUCCACAUAUUCAUCUACCCCACCUCGCCAAACUACCGUCAAUCAUCAUGGGCGUCGUCAAGACUACUACCAAGCCUGGCAACGGCGCCAAUCCCCAGGUCGGCCAAACCGUGUCCAUGCAGUACACUGGCUACCUGAAGGACCCUGUCACUGGCGGCAAGGGCAAGAAGUUCGACUCCUCUCUCGAUCGCCCCGGCAACUUUGUGACUGCUAUCGGCGUUGGCCAAGUCAUCAAGGGCUGGGAUGAGGGUGUCCCCCAGAUGCAGGUUGGCGAGCACGCCACCCUUGAAAUGACCAGCGACUACGGCUACGGUGCUCGCGGUGCUGGCGGCGUCAUUCCCCCCCAUGCCGACCUGAUCUUCGAUGUCGUCCUAGUUAGCAUCGAUUAAAUGCAUUAAUAACGCUAUCAUUUCCGACUGUUUGGUCUAGAUGUUGCAAUGAUGCUGGGUUAUGCCGGAGCUAUGUGAGCCAAAGACCCCAUCCGGACUGCUGGACCCUGCCUCUACUGUGGUAUUCUCUGUACGAACACCGCACUUGGCCUUGGGAUAUCUGGCUCUUGUGUCCAAAAUAUUGGCUACGGAUAGUUUAAUAAAGAAAUAAUUAGUGCUUGCUUGCGUUUUCCUCGAUGGGGAAGACAUUAGCUCGUUUCGGGCCUUGUCUGUGACGACCCAGCAUGUCUCUUGCGAGAAUUUCUUGUUUGCGUAAGUAUUAAGAAGUAAAUCGCAAUCAAAUAGGUCCUAUAGUAGCCAGUCAACUAUCGUUAUACGUCAUACCUACUUCAUUUCGACCUCGGGGCCGCAAAUAUUAUCUCACAAGCCUUCUACC